GGCGGGACGGGGCCGCUCGGGAGGGGGCUGCCCCGGGGAGGCGGCGGCCAUGGCCUUCGGGAAGGCGCCCAAAGACCCGUUCGGCACCGCCGUGGGGAGCCUGGUGGACCGGGCGACGUUCGGAUCGCUGCAGACGGAGGAGUGGGGGCAGUUCAUGCACAUCUGCGACGUGAUCAACGCCACAGAGGAGGGGCCUAAGGAUGCAGUCAAAGCGUUAAAGAAGAAGCUUUCAAAAAACUGUAACCAUAAGGAGAUCAGGCUCACCCUGUCUCUGCUAGACAUGUGUAUGCAGAACUGUGGUCCAAGGUUCCAGUCAUUAGUUGUGAAGAAGGACUUCUGCAAGGACAAGCUGGUGAAACUGCUGAACCCCAGAUACAACCUGCCCAUUGAAUUGCAGGAGAAAAUCCUGACCUUCAUCAUGAUAUGGGCUCGAGGGUUCCAAGGAAUGGUGGAUGUGACCGAAGUAAAAGAAGUUUAUCUGGAACUGCUGAAGAAAGGAGUGGAGUUUCCAUCUUCUGCUACCAGCAAAGAAAGGUCUAAGCAGUCCCCAUCUUCUGCAAAGUCAUCACCAUCUUCUGCUAAUCCCCCAAAACGUUCUUUGUUGCCUCUUCCCACGGGCCCAACGUUACUGUUGAUACCUGAACAGAUUGGGAAACUGUACAGUGAACUGGAUAUGGCGAAAAUGAAUGUGAGAGUCAUGUCAUCAAUAUUGAAAGAAAAUGUUCCUGGCUCUGAAAAUCCAGAUGAUAUGAAUCUUUUACAGAAGCUGUACAAGACGUGUCGGAUGAUGCAGGAACGGAUCAUGGAGCUGUUGGUGACAGUGGAGAAUGAAGAUGUGAUAAUAGAGUUAAUACAAGUAAAUGAAGAUCUGAAUAAUGUUCUCCUGGGACACGAAAGGUUCUCUCGAAACAGAGUUCGAUUUUUGGAGAACCAGAGAAUACAGCGUGAACGUGAAGAGCUGUACAGGAAACAGCCAUCUGCUCCCUCCAGUGAUCUCCUUGACUUCUCUACAGAUUCUCCAUCUCCUGUGGCUGCAGUGUUGGGGACUGACCCUGCAGCACUUCAGUUUCCAAGUCCUAAUUCCAUAUCUGCACACCCUGAAGAUACAAAAAGGCUCCAUCCAUCCAUUUACCCCCAGCUAGAUUUAGCAGCUGCUGUGAAAGUUCAGCAGUUCCCAUUUGCAACUGAAGCACAAAACAAUAGUGUGAGCACCCCAGCUGGACAUACGUAUAGCAAUCUGGCAACUCUUUUAAGCCCAGUGCCUCUGAAUCCAGUAAAUCUACAGGCUGGACAUACUACAUCAUCAAGUGGACCAUCGCCACCAGCUGCAUCGAAGAACAAGUUGCAGACACCUCAUUACUACGAGAUAAUGGAAUUUGAUCCUUUGGCUCCUACAGAAGCAAUUUAUGAAGAAAUUGAUGCUGCUGUGCUGAAGCCAGAAGCUGAAAAGCAUUCAGAAUGCUGAAGGUGGAGAUCUGAACACAGAAGUUACUCUGGUGCUGCUCCUGGGCUCUGCUUCGUGUAACGUGAACAAAGAGCAAUGAGAAGUGGACAAGUACUUGGAUCCACACCUUGAGAAUUGGUCUUGAAUGUUCAACUGUGUAUUGUUCCAGGUGACUUACAUGAUUGCUAUUUUUUUAAGUAUUGUGGCCUUCAGAAUAUAAUUUUCGAAGUCACCUGUGUAUGAGGUAGCACAUGACAUCAAAACCAAGUAAAUUAAAAGCACUCUCACAGCUAUAGAAGAAAGCUUUUCUUCCACCUUAAUCUGUUCUUUCAUACUACAUAAUCCUAUUUCUGUUUUGGCCAUGUUGAUGUCUGUGAAAUUCUCUCCCUAUAAAUAUAUAUAUUUCUUGAAAUGUAUGACUUAUCUAAAAUUGAGCCUCUUGAUAGAUAUGAAAGAUACACAGUCAUCACUUUUUGACAUUUAUAUUCUGAAUAUGGAUUUUGUUUUCUUUGCAAAACCCCACAAAUUAAUAGGAUUUUUGUCUUGGUAAGAAGCUGAGCUGGGACAUCCAGUGCUGUCAUCUGUGAUUAACAGAGCAGAAAAAAGCUGUGUGUUGCCAUGUUGUGGUUAUUAGUAAAUAGUGGAAGGGAUCACUAUUGUUUCCAGUGUUCCUGCUCUGCAGCUUCUUGUUCUGGUGAAGGAAAAAUAUCCAUCUACAAUGCAAAUGAGCACUAGUUAUCCAUUUAUUUUAAUCAAGUAAUUUAAAGCUGCUUUUAUCUCUUAAUAGUUUAAGUGCCUUGUCUAUUUUAAUGCUGAAUGUAAAAUCUGCACUUUACAGAUCUAGUUCUCUGAAUUUGUAAUUGAUAAAAAAAAUUUGAGAACAUGGUUUAUGUUUAUAGCUGAUAAGCUAACUUCAUCUUUAAGUACUGCAUUUUAAGUGCUCAUGGUUAUUUGUUUAAGUGACACAAACACUUAAGCCUUAAGGAAUUUUUGUAGCAUAGAAUUCCAAAUAAAAACGAAUUCUUACUGAA